AUGCAGUCCUCCUCGCCAGCCCUGGCAUGGGCCACCUCAUUCCUGUGGUGGAGCUCGGCAAGCGCCUCGCCACCCACCAUCGGGAAGAGGGGCAUGGUGGUCCCCAUGUGGGCGCCGCAGACCGAGAUCUUGGCGCAUAAAUCGAUUGGUGGGUUCUGCUCGCACUGCGGUUGGAAUUCGACCCUGGAGAGUAUGGUCAACGGGGUGCCAAUGGUGGCGUGGCCGCUCUACACUGAGCAACAGAUGAACUCGGCGAUGUUAGCGGAAGAGCUCGGGGUGGCGGUCCGGCCAAAGACACAGCCGAACGCCGCCGUGAUUGAGAGGGAGGAGAUAGCGGGAAUGGUGAGAAGGGUCAUGGAGUUGAAGGGCAAUGAGAUGAGAGGUAAAGUUAAGGAGCUACAAGCAAGUGCCAAGCAAGUGCUAAUGCAAGGUGGUUCCUCUUACAAUUCACUGGCAAGAGUGUCAAAGGAGUGUGAACUCAAGCUGCAUCACCUGAGCGCUAUGGCUCUUGGUGGUUGA